AUGAGCCCGCACUCCGACCGGGCUGGAUCCCCGCAAGACCCUCGGCAGACUCCCGAGCCAGACCAAUUGACCGGCGAAGUCGCCGGCCAGGCAUGUCGGGAAUGCCGUCGGAGGAAGUCCAAGUGUGACCGUAUCCUCCCUGUUUGCCAUCUUUGUGGUCGGUUCAACCGUCGCUGCAUGUAUGAGAAGCAGACCCGGACUCCCCUGACGCGUACCUACCUAUCUAAGGUGGAAACCGAGCUAGCCCAGACAAAGGCUUUGCUGCGGCGCUUCAUAGCAAGAGAAUCUCCCGAUGGCUUUCAGCGAGACGAGUCAGUCGAUCCCGGAACAGCCAGGGCCGAGGGAAGUUCCAAUGAGUUCUUCAACCCACAGCCACAAGUGGGGGUAUCGGACAACGCUCCCCGGACUGAACACGGCAUCGACCACUAUCCAAUCAUGAACCCAGCAGUCCCCGGUCAGGAAGUACAUUCCGCUCCCACGCUCGACGGACAAGCCCUUCCGCUGAGCGCGGGAGCGUCUGCUCUAGCCGAGGCCGCCCAGACGGGGCAUUCGUCUCGCAGAGCUAUGCCUGGUGCUUCGGCAUCUAGAUCGGCUGGGACCUCGGCAUUGUCAUUGGAAACACCUCCAGCGUCCAAUAAUUUUGAAUGGGAUGAACGGAUGGGCGCAGGAGGUGGAGAUAGGUUUGUUGACGGUAUGGCCAGUCUGACGAGUAGUUCCAAUGAAGGAGGAUAUCUCGGGUCUGCCUCGGGCGCUGCUCUUUUGCGACUUACAGAUACCGGGUCAACCGAGCGGAUCGACGGCUAUGAGGCAGGCGCACAAGAGAGGUAUCAUCGUCACUCGGAUAUACCAUUCGCAUUAUCAUCGAUGUCCCAGCUGGAGCCUUUCAUUGACGCCUACUUCGGUCUUUACCAUUGCUCUUAUCCCAUUGUUCACGAGGCCACCUUCCGUGCUCAGUUUAUGGAAAUCAUUCCUCGGCCAUCCGGUAAUGCAUGGCACGUCUUACUUUUCGUAAUAUCUGCUAUCGGCGUUUUCUCUAGUUCAACCCAACCCACUGAUCUGGAUCUGGCACUGUUUAACGCGGCUAAAGCGAGACUAUCGAUUGAUGUACUGGAGUCCGGAAAUCUCGCACUAGUGCAGGCUUUGACUCUUAUCUCGAACUAUCUGCAAAAGCGGAACAAGCCGAAUUCGGGAUACAAUUACAUGGGCCUUGCAAGGCGGGUUGCGAUGGGAAUUGGUCUACAUAAAGAGUUUCCGAACUGGGAUGCAAGCUUACUGACUCUCGAAAUCAGACGCCGAGUGUGGUAUUGCUUGUAUAUUUUCGAUAUUGGUGCUAUCAUAACAUUUUCUCGACCGCUAGAUUCACCGGAGGACGGGGUGGACGUUCAACUACCACUCAACACACACGACAGCGACAUAACUGCUGGGACGAGCUCCGUUCCCGGCCCUGCCAAAGAAACUACCGUAUACACCCAUCUCCGGGCACAGGCCGAGUUUCAUCUGGCCACUAGACAUAUUUACUCGAAAGUGAUAUCCUUGCCCUUCCCUACCGCCGCCGAGAUGAUUGAGCUAGAUGACCAUUGCAUUGGCAAAUGGCUUGCCGACCUGCCACCGUUUUUCAAAGAGGAUGCAAUCCAGAGCCCGAGGUUCCGUCUCUGCCAUGCAAUUCUACGGUGGCGAUGUCGCAACUUUCGAAUCUUGAUGUACCGGCCGUUCCUUGUCGGCCGACUCAUGGCCCGCAUUGAACGGGGACUUGAACCGCGUGGACGGGGUGAUGCUCAGGUGGACGUCGCUAUCGAGCGCUGUUUGAAUGAAGCGCGCGAGGAAGUAGAUUUGAUCUCCAUGUUUUGGAGACAUGAAAAAAGAACAAUGAUGGCGUGCUGGUAUGGCUUAUACUUCCUGUUCCAGGCCAUUCUCAUCCCGGUGAUCUGCCUACGCAAUGAUCCGCAAUCACCGCUAGCGGACAGCUGGCGUGGUCAGAUCUUGCAGGCGAUUGAGGUUUUCGAGCUGAUGGAGCCACUGAACCCUACUGCGACACGCUGUUUAGGGGUCGUUCGGUCCUUAUGUGGGGGUUAUCUUCACCCCAACGUGCAUGACUGGGGUCCGACAGAAGAGUCGCCGCAGACUCAGCUGGCCAAUCUGUAUCCGUUGAUGUGGCCGACAUUGGAAAUCGGUCAGCUGGAUGGUACGGAUCCAAUUGUGCAAGAAUCUACGAUUAUGGAAUUCAUGAACCGACUUCCAGGGAUGGAGUAA